AACAGCGACAGCUCAACAGCUUAGGGUGAAACAGAAAAUAGAAAGUAAAAAAAAUAUUUUUGUGACCUGCCUGACGUCACAUCCUUCGUGCGUUGUUUUGCCCGCAUUUCGGAGCCAGCUGGAGAAACGGAGCGGUAGACGGGAGCGCAGCAGACGGUUAGAAGAUGGGGAAAAUCUACCAGGUAGUGGUUCAUGGACUGAGAGGACAGAAGCUGAUGCUCGACCUCUGCAACACCGAGGAGCAGAUGAAGACGAUGACGGUGGGACAGCUGAAGGAGAGGAUCGCUGAGAAGCUCCCUGAGACCGCAGGACAGGAGAACCUGCGGCUGAUCUUCACGGACAAGGAGCUGGAAGGAGAAAACUCUCUGCUGUCUGAUUAUGGAAUCCAGCACAUGUCUGUCGUCCAUCUGGUGAUCAGGGUCCCUGGAGGACAGACAGCAUAACUGGGACCAUCUGGACCUUCUUCUUCUACCGCCGUUGCUGCUGCCCACGGCUACAGGGGAUGCUGUUAAUGCCCGACUCUUGUUUACAAAUCAUAAAGCUUUAAUCAAUGAUAAAAAUACUGAUCAUAUUUCAUAUCUUUGUAAAAAUGUAAUAACCCACUUGUAAUAAGCUGUUUUCAAAGUUUGUUGCCGCAAAUAAAAUUAUUUGAUGACAAAAACAUAU